UCUGAGAUUUUCAAAGCUGACGGACAGAGAGCAACAGACUGACACACAGACACAGGCUUGGGGACUGUGUCAUAGUCCUUCCUGGGCAGCCCACAGGGAAUCCACACCCUUCAGUCUUGACAAAGAGAAAGAAGUCUCUUUGCAAUUCACCCAUUUUGGAUUCCCACAUCACCUCUUCUCUCCCCACAGUGAGGAGACGGAUACACUUUCAUCCCCUUCAAUAAGGAAAUCUGACCACUUUUUGUGUGUAGAUCCAACCCUUUCCCCAUUUACUUCAGCUUAAUAGGGGAUUUUGAUCCCACUAAUUUUAAAAUGCUUUUCUCUCUGGCAUUCCUUGUUCUGCUCCUGUUCAGCCAUUCCCUACAGACCACAGCCCAUGAGAAAAAAACUAAAGCAGAACGUUCACACCGCAGCCUCCUGGUGAACCAUAGCCCAAAUGUAAACAACAACCCUCCUUCUUCAUCAAAAGCCACCCAUUACCUUACCUCUGCCAAACAGAGCCUCGCUUCUACAGCCACGCCUUCAGAUGCAAGCAGUGAAAAGACCUCCCAAAAGGAAGAAAGCCCCUCCUCUGCACAGCACCCCAUCAAAGUCUUGAUUUCCAAUGCCUGGUUCCAGAAAGACACAAGCAAACACACAGCCAACUCUACCCUGGUGCAGGACAAGGAACUGGACCUUGAGCGUGGUUCUCCGCUAGUUCUGACUCAUCAGAUCAACCUGGUACCGGGAGCAUGUGGCGGCUGCGAGGCAGAAUUUGCCACUCUGCAAAAGCGCUUGGACCAUCUGGAGAGGGAGGUGUCCACUCUGAAGCAGAACUGCGCGUGUGCCAAAGGGGCUGCCUGCUUCCCUCAAUCAGAUGAAAACGAGUGUCCGAACGACUGCAGUGACCAGGGGAGAUGUGAGGGGGGUAGAUGCGUCUGCUUCCCAGGAUUCAAUGGGCAUGACUGCGGCACUGCUGUGUGCCCCUCUGACUGCAGUAAUAACGGACAGUGUGUGAAUGGCCAGUGCGUGUGUGACAACGGCUAUUCGGGACUUGAAUGUGCUAACAAAUCCUGCCCUGGUAACUGUAACAACCAAGGACAGUGUGUGAAGGGAACUUGUGUGUCUCACCCUGGUGUCAAGGGCACUGACUGCUGCACUGCUCCCUCAGGCUCUGUCCAUCUUAGGAGCAGAGAUAUAACGGACUCGUCUGUCACUCUUUUCUGGACCCAGCCCUCUGUCCAGUACAGCACCUACCGCAUCACUUUCACAAGCCUGAGAGAUGGAGGUGGAACAAUUCAAGCCAAUGUAGGAGGAAGGGCCCUCAGCUUCACUCAGACUGGACUGGCUGCAGGUCAGAAGUACAAGGUGUCAAUCAGAGGAGAGAGAGAUGGGAAGAUGGGACCAGAGAGCACCACUGAGUUCACGACUGGUGAGUUUGUGCAAAAAGUGGGGUCAUGGUUUUGGUAGCAAUUUCAGUGUUGUUGCUUACUCAUGAAGCCUCCUGGAUAGAUUUUGUGCAGAUUUAUUGGCC